UCGCAGCCAUCAACGCUAUGUGCAGUGACAUUUCUGACUUGAGUGGAGGAAUGCGCGAAGGAAGCCCGGACGAAAUUGGUACUAGAGGAUCUUCUUGGCGCCAAUGCUAAUUGUCCUGAUUUAUGUCCCUUCUGAGUAAGCUCAACGUCUUCGUCUGAAAUAAAAUGAAAGCUGUGCCAAGCGGAGUAGAACCACCGGACCGCUGGUUCUGAUCCCUGGGAAAUCAGGAAGUCGUCCUGCAGCUUAAAAAAAAAAAAAAAAAAAAAAAAAAAAUAGGGAAAAAAAAGAAAGAAAGAGAAAAAAAAAAAAAAAACAACCCUCAGUAAAGUUUAAGGCGAGAAGUGGCAGAGGCACUGGCGCGAGGAGGCGCGGAGGAGACCCGGCAAGCAGAGGACUGGGCUGGCAAGACCUCCCGAAGGCUGCGAUUUCAUUAUUAAUAUCACUAUAUUUUUGGAGGGAGAGGCACCUUUCUCAUCUUCCCUUCCUCUCCGCCCACCCCUAUUCCCUCCCCCUCAUCUACCUGUCAAAGUCACUGAUCUUUUGCAUUUCGGAAGAGGACGUCAACGGGAAGGAAUUCCCCCUCUCGGCUAGGGCUCCGAGAGGGGGCGACGUGCAGGAGGCUGCCCCCCCUCCUCCGGGGCCAGAGGCGAAGAAGGGUGUUGGUGCCAGAAGAGAAGAAUGAUUGAUGGGAAGCAGACACCGAGCGAUAGACACUCGUCCUGUUGCUGUAGCUACUGAUACCUCAGUGCGCCUGAGCAUCCCUUGUGAACUGUGAGCAUCAAGCACCCAGGGUUAUUGGAUGUACAAUAGGAGAGCCAUCGUUUUGAUAAAUCCUUAUCUGCUACUGGACAUCUUUUAUAAAAAAUCCAAGCUAGACCCAAGGCUAAUAGAUACGUUCUAGGACGAUGAAAAAGCUGCAAGUCGUUGCUAGUGCCUAGUGCACAAGUAUGCUAGGCUUCCACCAAAGUCCUCAAUAUACCUGAACAUGUGCAAUAUAUGAACCCUUCACUUUUAAUUUUGGAAUCUACGUUGAAGUCUCAUCUUCUUUUUCUUUUUUUAAUAUACAAACCUACCUACGUAUAGACAUAGAUAAGCUGCUUUAGUUACCACGAAGAUUGCCAAGAAUUUAGAGAUGUAUUUGUCAAGAUUCCUGUCAAUUCAUGCCCUUUGGGUUACAGUGUCCUCAGUGAUGCAGCCCUACCCUUUAGUGUGGGGACAUUAUGAUGUGUGUAAGACUCAGAUUUAUACCGAAGAAGGGAAAGUUUGGGAUUACAUGGCCUGUCAGCCGGAAUCCACAGACAUGACAAAAUAUCUGAAAGUGAAACUGGAUCCUCCAGACAUUACCUGUGGAGACCCUCCUGAGACGUUCUGUGCAAUGGGCAACCCCUACAUGUGCAAUAAUGAGUGUGAUGCAAGUACCCCAGAACUGGCUCACCCGCCUGAGCUGAUGUUUGACUUUGAAGGAAGACAUCCCUCCACCUUUUGGCAGUCUGCUACUUGGAAAGAGUAUCCCAAGCCUCUCCAGGUUAACAUCACUCUGUCUUGGAGCAAAACUAUCGAGCUAACAGACAACAUAGUUAUUACCUUUGAAUCAGGGCGUCCAGACCAAAUGAUCCUGGAGAAGUCUCUUGACUAUGGACGAACGUGGCAGCCGUAUCAGUAUUAUGCCACAGACUGCUUAGACGCUUUUCACAUGGAUCCUAAAUCUGUGAAGGAUUUAUCACAGCAUACGGUCUUAGAAAUCAUUUGCACUGAAGAGUACUCCACAGGUUAUACGACAAAUAGCAAAAUCAUCCACUUUGAAAUCAAAGACAGGUUCGCAUUUUUUGCCGGACCUUGGUUACGCAAUAUGGCUUCCCUCUACGGACAACUGGAUACAACCAAGAAACUCAGAGAUUUCUUUACAGUCACAGACCUGAGGAUAAGGCUUUUGAGACCCGCCGUCGGGGAAAUAUUUGUAGAUGAGCUACGCUUGGCACGCUACUUUUACGCAAUCUCAGACAUAAAGGUGCACGGAAGGUGCAAAUGUAAUCUCCAUGCCACUGUGUGUGUGUAUGACAACAGCAAAUUGACCUGUGAAUGUGAGCACAACACUACAGGUCCAGACUGUGGGAAAUGCAAGAAGAAUUAUCAGGGCCGACCUUGGAGUCCAGGCUCGUAUCUCCCCAUCCCCAAAGGCACUGCAAAUACCUGUAUCCCCAGUAUUUCCAGUAUUGGUAAUUGUGAAUGCUUCGGCCACUCCAAUCGAUGCAGUUAUAUCGAUCUGCUAAAUACAGUCAUUUGCGUGAGCUGUAAACACAACACUAGAGGGCAGCACUGUGAGUUAUGCAGGCUGGGCUACUUCAGAAAUGCUUCUGCACAGCUGGACGAUGAGAAUGUGUGCAUAGAGUGUUAUUGUAACCCUUUGGGCUCAGUCCAUGAUCGUUGUAAUGGCUCAGGAUUUUGUGAGUGUAAGACUGGAACAACAGGGCCUAAGUGUGAUGAGUGCCUGCCGGGAAAUUCCUGGCACUACGGCUGUCAACCGAAUGUCUGCGACAACGAGCUCCUGCACUGCCAGAACGGAGGGACGUGCCACAACAACGUGCGCUGCCUGUGCCCAGCCGCAUACACGGGCAUCCUGUGCGAGAAGCUGCGGUGCGAGGAGGCGGGCAGCUGCGGCCCCGACUCCGGCCAGGGCGCGCCCCCGCGCGGCUCCCCCGCGCUGCUGUCGCUGCUGGCCGCUCUGCUGGGGACAGCCGGGCCCCUGGGCAUCUAGGCGGCGCACCCAGCCACCAGACGGGCCGUGCUCUGGGGAAGCAAACACAGCCCCAGCAUUUGCUACUAACAUAGGAAACCCGCCCUCAGACACCCCCACUCAAACACAGUGUACAAAGAAGGCCUAACUGAACUAAGCCAUAUUUAUCAGCCGUGGACAGCACACCUGAGUCAAGACUGUUAAUUUCUGACUCCCAGAGGAGUUGGCAGCUGUUGAUAUUAUCACUGCGAAUCACAUUGCCAGCUGCAGAGCUUACCACCCAUCGGAAAGGCUGUGACAGCCCCCCAAAAGGAAAGAACAACAACAACAACAAAUCAACCAACUUAAAAACAUUUGCCACUGGCACGUGGUGUGCCCCAGCACCACCUGGCCCUGUGUGUGGACCAACCAAAUAGAAGCAUCCUUUGCUGGCAGUGCUUGGUGGGUCUAAGGAAGUCUGUUACAAGCUGCCAUAUUGGCCUGCUUCAGCCCCUGAACCCCCUUCCAACCUGUGCUUUAGUGAACCGUUGCUCUGUAACCCUUGUUGGUUGAAAGAUUUCUUUGUCUGAUGUUAGUAAUGCACAUGUGUAACAGCCCCCUCCAAAAGCUCCAGCCAGUCAUACCCUGUGUAUCUUAGCAGCACUGAGUCAUCCCAGUGCCAGCACACAUCCACUGUCCCCAGGAGUGGCUACAGGAAAAAAGAAAGUGUAUCUAUCCUUUUGUAUUCAAAUGAAGUUAUUUUUCUUGGAAUACUGUAAUAUGUAGAUUUUUUGUAUUCUUGCCAAUUUGUGUUACCAGACAAUCUGUUAAUGUAUCUAAUUCGAAUCAGCAAAGACUGACAUUUAUUUUGUCCUCCUUCAGUUCUGUUUCGUUUCAUUGUGCAGAGAUUUCUCUGUAAGGGCAACAAACUUGCUGGCAUCAAAGAAUAUCAGUUUACAUAUAUUAACAAGUGUAAUAAGAUUCCACCAAAGGACAUUCUAAGUGUUUUCUUGUUGCUUUAACACUAGAAGAUUUAAAGAAUAAAAAUUCCUGCAUAAACGA